AUAUCAAGAAAUUACAUAAGAGUUCAGUUACAGUUUUGCUUCUUCUGUCUUUCUCUCUCUCUAAUUCUUCUUACAUAUUUCUCUCUCUAGUUCUUGGGCGCGACAUCUCCACUCUUUAGUAUCUCCACGCUCCGACGCCAACGCCACCUCCACAACGUCGUCGAAGCUCGGUCCGCUCGUGUUGCUUGAUCGGCUCCGUCGCAGCUCGCUUUCCUCCGCCGCACGUCGACGUCCACCGCCCACUCCACGCCACAGACGUGAUCGGAUCGCGAUAAGCAACGUCGCCAAAUAGAACGGGUUUGAUCGUCGUUUUUGCUUUGUGGGAGCAGGGAGCCAGUUGAAAGGCAAGAAAAAGGAGGAAAAAUGUCUCGGAUACUGGUGCAGCCGGUAGGGCAAAAGAGACUAACGAAUGUCGCUGUGGUCCGCCUCAAGAAGCGCGGCACUCGCUUCGAGAUCGCCUGCUACAAGAACAAGGUUCUCUCUUGGCGUUCUGGCUUCGAGAAAGAUUUGGAUGAAGUGUUGCAGUCACAGAUAGUUUAUUCAAAUGUUUCAAAAGGAAUUCUUUCCAAGUCAAAAGAUUUGAUUGCGGCUUUUGGAACUGAUGAUCAGGGAAAAAUAUGCUUGGAGAUUUUGGAUAAAGGAGAUCUUCAAGUGGCUGGGAAGGAGAGAGAAUCUCAGUUAUCUAGUCAGUUUCGGGAUAUUGCGACCAUUGUUAUGCAGAAGACCUUCAAUCCUGAAACUCAACGUCCUUACACCAUUAGCAUGAUUGAGCGACUUAUGCAUGAAAUUCAUUUUGCUGUUGAUCCACAUGGUAGCUCAAAGAAGCAGGCUCUGGAAGUAAUACAUGAGCUUCAGAAGCACUUUCCAAUAAAACGGUCGCCAAUGAGAUUACGACUCUAUGUUCCAGAAAAGAAUUAUUCCUCUCUUUUGGAGAAGCUGAAUAUCUGGAAUGCUACCAUUGUUUCAAAAGAUGAUUUUGGAAGUCAGCCGUCUAUUGUUUGUGAAAUUGAUCCUGGUUUAUAUCGGGACUCUAGUGAAUUUGUGAGCAAUUUGCAAGGACGGUUUGAAGUUCUUGCACACUCUGUGCAUGUGGAGGGAGAUACCCAUGCAGAUGAUUAUGAUGAUUAUGCCGACGGGCUGUCAGUCUUACCCAAGGAAUCUGCUAAACAUACGUCUGAACUAAGCGAGAAAUUCCAAAAACAGACCACUGUUUCUGUUGAAAGUGGGAAUGCCAAGGGGGAGGGGAAGCAAAAUAAGUGCAGUACAUGCAAUGCAUUUUUUGGGGAUUCCAAGGAGUUCAGGGAUCACUUCAAGGGUGAGUGGCAUAAGCAUAACGUGAAGCGCAAGACCCGGCAACUCCCUCCCCUUACUGAAGAAGAGUGCAUGGUUGACGCUGAAGCUGGUGACUCGAGGGCAGAUUUGAAGGAUUAUUCAUUUUAAGACUGGAUGGUUAAUUUCCACACAUGUAUUAGAUAAUAGUAAAAGAUGUUUUGUGCUUGCUUAUCAAAAAAAAAGUAAAAGAUGUUUUAUGCUGGUGUUUGGAUUCCCCUAAAUAGAAAAUAUAUGAGAGAAUCAUUUUUCGCUA